AUGGCUGAAGAUGUCAGCACGCUCGAUCAAGCCAUGGACAUCGACGCCGAUGUGCCUCGUGUGCCCUCCACUGGCAGCACUUCAGUUGCCACAUCUCGAAGCCCCCUCCGUGCUCGUCGCAACCUCCCCAAUGAAAACGACAAGAGACGAAACAACCAGGUGGACGACAGCCUCAAGCCUCGUCCCGAUGCCAAGGUCCACAAGUCUUCAUCAAACGCAAACACCACUCGCCACAACCCCUCUUACCUUGAAAAGCAGAAACGCAAGAUGAUGAUGAUCAACGUCCAGCGAAACCGCAAACUGCGCAUCCAGAACGCCAUCGCCAAUGGCACCUUCCAGAUACGCCCCCUGGGCUACGACUCUGUCGAGGCAGACCAAGGUGAGCCGCAGCAGCUCGAGCGGCUGAACAAGGACCUCGUGACCCAGGCCCUGUACUCACCCGUCCCGGGCAUGGCCUUCGACCCCACGAUGACCUCCUUCAGCGAGGCCGACAUGGGCGACCUGGUCCAGGCGCUGGAGGCGUUCCAGAUGCACCUGGCGCGAAAGGGAACGAUCGUGCUCUCGGACAGGGCGGGCCCACUGCUGCGGAGCUUCGCCCGCGACGUGCUGGCCAUCGUCCUCUUGCAGCCGGACAAGCCUGGCUGGAACAUCAGCGUGGACGACUUCUGGGCCCGUGUGGCCUUGGAUUACCAGCAGUCCAAGAAGCUCAAGUGGCUGACCUUGAGGGUCAUGAAACUGCUCGAGCCCGCUGAGGAAGACACUGCCCCGAAGCGGGGCAAGGGUCCGCCGUUCGCAGCCCGUAUGAACGUGGUCCUGGAUGCCCUGAAAGCUCCGGGUAAGGUUCCCGUUCUUGACAAGGCCAUUGCUGAGGCGAGUGAGGAUAUUCCCCCUUUCAUCGUGGCCCAGCCGUCCACCCUACGAUGCCUCAUGGGCCAUUUCGAGGCCGCGCGCUCCCGAUACCUGGCCAAUCUCAACAACUCCCUUGGUACUGGCAGCCAGAGCAACCUCGGCCCUCACAAGCCCACGCCGGGCUUCAGCAUGCCUCCGAGAAACCAAGACCAGUACGCCUCCUCUGAGGACGAGGACGAUGACUUUCAGGGUGGAAUGCUCGACGGCGGUGUCGAAGACAAUACCCAGGUCGAGGAGGGGGUGCCUUCCUCACACACCCAGUGGUUCUUGGUGAAGCUUGACAAUUGGAUGGCGUCGAAGAAUGGGCAGCAGCAGGGCGGCGUUGAUGUCGACAUGCUCUCGGCCCUGGAUCUGGUAGAUGCCAACUGA